AUGGGCUGCUUUGGUGCGCUGUUCAAGAAGAACUCGGAGUUCGCGCCUGCAUACGCUCCCCCUACUGCCGAGGUCAAGAGGGAUGUGUGCGAGCCGAAGCAAGUGCCCGCCAGCGUUCCCAAGGAGGUCGAGCACUUCGAGCCAUGCGGCUGCAGCGACCUCUCUUCCGCCUUUGCGCGGAUGUCGGCUGGCGACGCUGACCUUCCGGCGUACGAGGAGUUCAGCGAGUUCAAGGAUGACGCGGUCCGCGAGACGAUCCGCAAGACAAUUGACAGCUACGCCUCGAAACUCACUGAGAUCUCGCUCUACAUCUCGGACCAUCCCGAGGAAUCCUACGAGGAGCACAAGGCGUGCGCGAAGCUGACCGCUUUCCUGAAGGACGAGGGCUUCGAUGUCGAGACGCCGUACAAGAAGCUCGACACCGCCUUCCGCGCUUCCUACUCCCACGGCAGCGGCCGCACCUUCGCCUUCUGCUCCGAAUACGAUGCGCUCCCCGGUGUCGGCCAUGCUUGUGGCCACAACCUGAUCGCCGUGUCUGGUGUCGCCGCUCUCCUCGGCUUGCGCGCCGCGAUGAAGAAGCACGACAUCAAGGGCACGGUCGAGCUGCUGGGCACGCCGGCCGAGGAAGGCGGAGUGGGCAAGGGCGUCCUCAUUGAGCGGGGCGCGUUCAAGUUCAUCGACGCGAGUAUGAUGAUCCACCCCACCGGCCUCAUGGGCGGGCGGUACGGUGUCGGCGGCAUUGUGCCGACGCUGGCGAUCUGUGGCCUGAACGUCGACUUCAUCGGCCGCGCCGCGCAUGCAGGCAUGGCGCCAUGGGACGGCAUCAACGCGCUCGACGCAGCGCACAUCGCGUACGCCUCUGUCUCUGCUCUCAGGCAGCAGCUGCACCCCGACGUGCGCGUGCACGGUAUCAUCACGAAGGGCGGCGACCGGCCCAACAUCGUCCCCGCACACACGCGGAUGGAGUACUAUGUCCGCGCCCCCGCCGCUGCGUCGGUCAAAGACCUGACGGCGAAGCUGACGACCCUCUUCGAGGCGGCAGGCAAGGCGACGGGAUGCAAGGUGCAGACCGAGGUCACGCCGAUGAUGUACGAGCUGCGCAACAAUGGACCCCUCUCGAACCACUACGCCUCUGUCAUGAAGGAUGCGGGACAUCCCGUCCUCGUCGCGCUCGACGACUUCACGGGCGCAGGAGCGAGUACCGACUUUGGAAACGUCACGUACACUGUCCCCGCGGCGCAUCCCCACUUCUCCAUCCCGGCCACGGAGGGCAAGGCGAACCACACGCCUGAGUUCACGGAACGCUGCAGGAGCCCCAAAGCGCAUGAACUCACGUACGAGUUUGCAGGCGGGAUGGCCGUCACGGCGGCGCGCUUCCUGACCGACGACGAGUUUGCAAAGGAGGCCAAGAAGUGCUGGGAGAAGGACAUGGAGAGGGUGGGCAAGCCUUGA